GGUCUCGGCAUGCUUCGCGGCACCGCGCCAGCCGCCGCUUCACGCCCGCGAGCAGGUUGUUGUUUUUAUGAGGCGUCACUGGCGUUUGGAGCCCGGACUCCGCCACGGUGACAGUCGGUGCGGUCAGGCAGAGGAGGCGCUGCCUUCAGACCUGAAAAAUGUCUGAAAAUUCCAGCGACAGUGACUCAUCGUGUGGUUGGACUGUCAUCAAUCAUGAGGGUUCUGAUGUAGAGAUCAUGAAUUCUGCCACAGCCAGUGACAACUGUGAACUGACUCUAGAAUGUUCCUCAUUAGAGCAAGAGGAACUGCAAGUUCUUCAUGUGGGGACUGGAGGUGGCGAAAGCAUCGCAAACAGCAUGUUAUCGGUGGAGGAGACUAGGUUGUUAUCAGUGGGAGAAACCAAGUCGGCAAUUGAGGUGGAGGAGGCAACUUCCCCUGAAGACAAUAUGUAUCUCGGAACUACUAGUGAUGAUUCUGAUAUUGUUACACUUGAACCUCCUAAGCUGGAAGAAAUGGGGAACCAGGAAGUUAUUAUAAAAGAAGCGCCCAACUCCGAAGACUUUAACAUGGGUUCUUCCUCCAGUAGCCAGUACACCUUCUGCCAGCCAGAAUCCGUCUUUUCAUCUCAGCCUAGUGAUGAGGAAUCCAGUAGCGAUGACACCAGCCAUGAGCCCAGCCCUGUCCCAAGACGCCGCCGCAACAGGAAGAAGACUGUUUCUGUCUCAGAGUCUGAGGAGCCACCACUUGCCGAGCCAGAAGAUGAACCCUCCAAGGAGCCGAGUAAACGCCACUUUAGUGGUGGUCUCAACAAGUGUGUUAUCCUGGCUUUGGUGAUAGCUGUCAGCAUGGGAUUUGGACAUUUCUAUGGCACAAUUCAGAUUCAGAAGCACCAUCAGUUAGUCAGAAAGAUCCACAGAGAUGAGCUCACUGAUAUGAAGGACUAUCUCUCACAAUGCCAGCAGGAACAAGAGUCUUUUCUAGAUUCCAAGUCACUAAAAGAAAACCUUGAGAGGUGUUGGACUGUUACCGAUGCAGAGAAGGUCACCUUUGAAACUCAGAAGAAGAAUCUUGCUGCAGAAAACCAGUAUUUAAGAAUCUCUCUGGAGAAGGAAGAGAAAGCCCUGUCUUCACUGCAGGAAGAGUUACGGCGACUGAGGGAGCAGAUUAGAUUGUUGGAGGAUAAAGGCACAAGUUCCCAGUUAGUUAAGGAGAACCAGGCUCUUCAGCAGAAUUUAGAAGUGGAAAAAGAGAAAACAAACAGUUUCCUUAAUGAGAGGGAGACUCUGUUAGAGGAAGCAAAGAUGCUGAAGAGGGACCUGGAGAGAGAACGGCUCACAGCGAUGGCUCUGCGGGCAGAACUUGAGCAGUUAGGUCCUUGCCAGGCACAGGACCACACAGAUUCUCCCAAUGUGCAGACUGAAGAGAAGGAAGUCGUGCUGUUACAGCAGAGACUUGCCGAGUUGGAGCAGAAGUUAACCUUUGAGCAGCAGCGCUCUGACUUGUGGGAAAGACUGUAUGUUGAGGCAAAGGAUCAAAAUGGAAAGUUGGAGACCGAAGGGAGGAAGAGAGGAAGCCGAGGAAACCCCAGGGCUAAGAGCAAGUCAAAGGAGACAUUUCUGGGCACAGUUAAGGAAACAUUUGAUGCUAUGAAGAAUUCUACCAAGGAGUUUGUGAGACAUCAUAAAGAAAAAAUCAAGCAGGCGAAAGAAGCGGUGAAGGAAAAUCUGAAGAAGUUCUCAGAUUCAGUGAAAUCUACUUUCCGACAUUUCAAAGAUACUACCAAGAAUAUCUUUGAUGAAAAAGGCAGUAAGAGAUUUGGGCCUUCAAAAGAAGCAGCAGCUGAAAAGCCAAGAACAGCUUAUGGUUAUUCUUCAUACUCUCUGCAUGAGGCAUUGAACCAAAAGCAGAAUUGCAGAGGCCCUUCUGCACAGAGCAAGGGAGGAAGAGAAAAGCCCAGCCACACAGAAGAAAGUAGAAAAAAUGCAAAUUCAGAUACGCACAAGGCCAAGUUUGACUUCAGGGACACCCAUUCUACCAGAAGGGUUUUUCCGGGCAUGUUUGAAUGUGCUGGACAAGAAUCUGGUAGCUCUGUUAAUGCAGCAAGUCCUGUCAGGAUAAAUGACUUCAGACAGCUGAUUCAGUGGUACUUACUGAAUGAACUGGACACUUUUCACCACUGGAAAGAACUGGAUCAGUUCAUUAGCCCGUUUUUCCCAAAUGGUGUCUUUAGACAUGACCAGAAGCUCUUCACUGACUUUGUCGAUGCCGUGAAAGGUUACCUUAAGGGCAUAAAGGAGUAUCAAGUAGAGGAUGACAGUUUGGAGAAGUUGGAUCGAUACAUAUAUAGACACUUUGGGCACAUUUUCGCCCUUCCAUUCGGACCCAGUCGACCUGAUAAAAAGCAACAACGUAUGGUAAAUAUUGAAAACUCCAGGCACCGAAAACAAGAGCAGAAGCACCUUCAUCCGCAGCCUUAUAAAAGGGAAGCUCUGGGGUCCACAUGUAAUCAGUCUAUCACUGAGUUCUGCCUCCAUUGCAAAGGCCCUCACAAUCAAAUGUAUCAAGUUUUCCGUCCUGUUGGGGAUGCUCUGGUCAGAGCAGAGAUGCAGCCUAAUGGAAGAGCAAUCCAAGCACUGCUCACAAAAAGGUCUGAAGAGAUUUGCUGUCCGUGGAGCAUAGCCACCCUCAGAUUGUCCACUACUUGUUGCCACAAUGCUUGGGAGACUGACUCUUCCUCAACUGGUUUUUGCUACGUUCCUUGGGAUUGCUGGAGGAUUGUAUAUUUAUCAGCCAAUAUUUGAACAAUAUUCCAGAGAUCAGAAGGAAUUAAAAGAGAAGUUGAAACUGUUGCAAGAGUCAGAAGAAAAGAGGAACUAAUUCUGCAUGGAGUGAAAUUGUAGGCAUUGCUUACCGUUCAGUCUGUUGAAAUUGCACAUGGACUAUUAAUCAAGUAAACAUUAGGUACAUUUUAAAUAAAUAAAUCAUGGGUUAGUUACUAUC